CAUGAUUUGUUGUGAUGCUUCAGCACAUAGCAGCAUCAAAAGGGCAUGAAGAUUGUGUAAUGGUACUUCUCAAACAUGCGUGCAAUGUACAUGUCCGAGAUAUAAAUGGCAACACUGCAUUAUGGGAUGCUGUAUCUGCAAAACACAAUUCUAUAUUCUGGAUCCUAUAUCACUGUGCUUCCCUUUCAGAUCCCUACACUUCUGGUGAUCUUUUGUGCACUGCUGCAAAGAGAAAUGACCUAACAGCGAUGAAGGAGCUCCUGAAACAAGGUUUAAACAUAGACUCGAAGAAUCGCCAAGGGUUAACAGCAAUCCAGAUUGUCAUGGCAGAAGACCACACAGAUAUGGUAAAGCUACUUGUAAUGAAUGGCGCAGAUGUUAUCCAUGCCAAUACCUAUGAGUUCUCUUCAGAAACUCUGAAUGAAAUGCUGCAAAAGCGAGAGAUGGGACACCGAAUUAUGGUGCCUGAUACCUUGCCUACUGAUCAUGAAACGUUGUUGAGGGACCAAGGAGGAGAAAAGGAGUUUAAUACUAAUGGAGGAUUCAAAGGAACAAAUGUUCCAAGGGUGAGCAUAUAUAGAGGCCAUCCUCUGCAGAGAAAAGAGAGCUGCUGCACUGAAGCUGGCCGGCUGAUUAGGUUGCCAAACUCAUUAAUGGAGCUCAAGGUCAUUGCAGGUGAGAAGCUUGGAUUUGAUGCAAGAAAUGCAAUGGUAACGAACGAAGAAGGAGCAGAAAUCGACUCCAUUGAAGUUAUUAGAGACAAUGAUAAGCUUUUCCUAGUUGAAGAUCCAAACUCCCUGAUGUAAAUCACAACCUUCUAUCUAAUUGGGAUAAAAAAAUGACUCUCAAUCUUGUCCCUCCUUUUGUGAUUCCAAUGCUGCAUGGGUUUUUUUAUUUUCUCUAACAGAGGAAAAGUGUGGAUUUGAUUCAAAAAAAUACAAUGGUAACAGGUAACAGGUAAUGAAAGGUUGGAAAUUGAAUCCA